AUGGACAUGGAGCUCGACUCGCGAGAAGAGUCGUCGCUACGCGGCUUCCUCGGCGGCCAGUUUGCCCACGGCCUCCAUGCGAUUGACACGCGCAGCCACGACGAGAGCGAGAGCUACUACGGCUACGCCCGCGACCGCGUCGAGAGCUACCACGGCGACCGCCCGGACGAUAAGAGCUGGAUGUACCCGACCAAGGUCGACGCGACGCGCCUCCAACGCAGUAGCAGCUACCCGACCGAGUCGUUUGCGCCCACGAUCUACCGCAAGGAGGCCAAGCAGUCGUCAGCGGACUUUGCGAUCGCGUACACGCCGACGUCGUCGCGGUCGGGCCACCCCAACAUUAGCCCGACGGGUGGCAUGUCGCCGUUCCGCGGCCACGACGAGGUCGCGAACGGCAUCAUGAACUCGACGUCGAUCCCGAGCAUCCUCUUCAACUCGGGGCGAUGGUCCAUCGAAGAGCACAACCGGUUGUACAAGGCCUUGGCGCGUUCCCGCACGAUCUCCAAGGCCGUCGGGACCCGGACUGUGCUUCAGACGCGGACGCACGCGCAAAAGUUCUUUCGGAAGCUCCAGAAGCAGGACGAGCUCAAGGCCAUGAACGACGAUGAGAACUACCUUCCGAACGGCGACGAGGUCAAGUCAGCCAAGGCGAGCAAGGUCAAGCCCUCGUCGGCCGGUGUGUCCUUCUCGGGGCGCAAGACGAAAGAGGAGCCGUCGUACGCCACUGCCAACGCCACCGGCCGCCUCUCGGACCCAGGCACGUACGAAGCGUCCAACUCGGGACGGUCCCUGACGCCUCUCUCCAACAUUACCGAGCAUCACAUGGGUCGGUCGUACAACCAGCCCUCUUCGACGGGCCACCACGCGUCGCCCCCGAACCCGUUUCCGUCCAACCUCUUUCCAAGCAUCUCGAUCCCGCCGUCGACGAACGCCCACCUGGCAUCCUCGAUAGCGACGCCGACGACCGAGUCGAGCCGCGCCUUCUCCAACAUGAGCCUCGGCUCGCGCUCGUCUGCGUCGCCAGCGCCGGCGUCGUACCCGCCGACGCGCGGCAACGACCAGUGGGUCGACUGGCUCCUUAGCAACAUUGAUACGAUUGUGACCAAGAACGGGCGCCAGCCCAAUGACGACGGGCGCCCGAGCGCCAAGUCGGACGCUGCCGGCUACCUCCGUGCCGGGCGUGCAUUUCGCAGUGCGUCCGAGUCGGCCGUGCCGUCGCUGCACUACCGCCAAGACACGAACGAGCCGUCGCAGCAGCAGCAACACGGGUCCUGGGAGGUCAAUGGCAACCACCAUGGGAACAACUACUACCGGGACGACGACGAGCACGACCAGCACGGCGGGUCGCCGCACGACCAGCAGCAGCAUUUUUACGACGGGCACGCCAAGUACUCGAUGUCGACCGGCGAGUAG